GACGAUCAGUUAACCGAGAACUGGGGAGAGUGGAAGGGCGUGGCCAAAAAGUAGGUAGCGCUGUUACCGUAGCGGGACGUGUAAUGAAAAAUGACCACUGCUAACAAGACUCCCCCUGGUGCAGAUCCAAAACAGCUGGAAAGGACAGGAACUGUUCGAGAAAUAGGUUCACAAGCUGUUUGGUCUCUUUCAUCUUGUAAACCGGGAUUUGGGGUGGAUCAGUUACGAGAUGAUAAUCUAGAAACAUACUGGCAAUCUGAUGGAUCACAGCCUCAUUUGGUCAACAUCCAGUUCAGAAGAAAAACUACUGUGAAGACAUUAUGCAUUUAUGCAGAUUAUAAAUCUGAUGAAAGUUACACUCCAAGCAAAAUCUCUGUGAGAGUAGGAAACAACUUUCACAAUCUUCAGGAAAUUCGGCAACUUGAAUUAGUGGAGCCAAGUGGUUGGAUUCAUGUUCCUUUAACUGACACCCAUAAGAAACCUAUUCGCACAUUUAUGAUUCAGAUUGCAGUUUUAGCCAAUCAUCAGAAUGGAAGAGAUACACAUAUGCGACAAAUUAAGGUUUAUACACCAGUUGAAGAAAGUUCUAUUGGUAAAUUUCCUAGAUGUACAACAAUUGAUUUCAUGAUGUAUCGAUCAAUCAGGUAAGGUUCCAUCCAUCUGUGACCAUUCCAAUGGAUUUCCAGGAGGAUUUUCUGGAGCACAAAGUGGUGGAUGCCUGAAGACACCAGCUACCAAAGUUCUGAGGUGGCUGGUCCCUGCUGUCAUUUUAACCCCGAUUGCCAUGGGGGAUUUGUAGAUCCAAGUCUUGUUGGAAACUGUCAACCUUGGCUGCAAUUUCAUUUAAUCAUUGCAAUAUAAAAAUCAAUGUUUCUGCAGACAAAAGACAAGCCUCUUAGAAAGAUUUAGUGAUACAGUUAUUAUAGGAACUUUCUCCAGAAAGUUAUCUCUCUGCUCCAGGGGAUGAUUUGGGCAGAGCCUUUGAAGGGCUGUUAGUGUGUUAUGGCUGAGAUCUGUGUUGUUAUAAUCCUUGAAGGUGAAAGAGGUCCUGGGGUAGUAGAUCCAUUACUCACAUUUUUAGUUGCCUCUGUCGUGGAGAGAUAAGAGUUGAUCCUCAUUUCUUUUUCUGCUUUGUAAGAUUUAUCGGUCCUAGUAUGUUGCUGGGCCGUCUCAGGGUUCUCUUCUUAGGUGACAUUUUGAAGGUGUUAGCUUAAGCCAGAAUUGGUAAGGACUGUCAUAAGCCAAGAACUUAUUUUAGAAGUUAUUAAUGUGUUGCCAUCUUGGCUCCUCCCCGAUUUAAGCUUAAAUUUAAUGGGUUUUUUUUAAACAAAAAAGCAACAAUUGGUGCUGUUUUGCUAAAUGCUAAAUUGGUGUCAAUUUAGACAAGAAUAAAUGUAGUUUUUUAAUAUUCUGAACUAUUGCUUCAUUACUUAUAUGGCCCUCAUUUCAUGUGUGACAUAACCAAAGUAUUGUAUCAGUGUAGACUUCAGUGCGUCUUGAAAGUUUUGAAGGAAAUAAGCAGGCUUAGAAGAUAAGCAAGGUUCAAAACCAUUCAUCUCUAAAAUGAAAAGACUUCACCUUAAAAGAGUAGAAGAUAGUGUAUUACUGUCAAGAAAAUGUAAUGGGGAGGAAGGGAGAUGGAGAAUGCACCAGAUAUUUAUUUAAAGAUUAAGAAGAACAAUCUUUCCUGUUGGCAUCUAUAUGAAGAAUCAAAAUCUGGACUCUUACUAUCUUUCCAUUAUGUAGUACAUUAAGCUUUGGCAAAUAACUUGCAUGAGUGGCCUUCCUGAUUUGCAGUUUCGACUUGGCUUCACUACUUACUUUACAUUUAUUUUGUUUUGCUAAUGGUCUAUAACAGAGCAAACUUCCAAAGCAGAAUUAUGCUGGCCAAAGUUCAAUGUAAAAGCAUGUUGUAUUACUGAUUCUAAUAAAUGCAGUUAACCCAAA